AGGGUGGGCGGGGCCUCGGCCAGCACACACGAGUUGUCAAACAGGUUUGUGUUGUUGCGCUGGUAAACGUUUGUUUCGGACACAUUCAUGCGGGAGGAUCAGCGUCCCGAGUCGGCUUGUGUUCAGCAGAGACCCCCGUUACCCGCGGCUCCGCUCUUCACCGCUCAGCAGUGGAGGCCGGCUGUUUACAGCUGAGGCAAUUUCCAGAAGUCCAAAUGUCAGGCUGCUGAAGGUCAGCAGAGGUCACAUCUCUUGGUCAUGGCAGGAAGAUGAUCACCUAGCGUUCAACAGGAAGCCACACAGUGAAAACAGGAAGCUGCAGUCAUGCCAGUGGAGGCGCUCCAACAUCCCUCAAGGCAGCCGCUGAAAGCUGCUGUAGGAGUUUCUCCCCCACGCCUGCGACCGAAGGGUCCACUGGGUCCAGACUUCUACCGACGGGCCCAGUCGGGCGCCAGCGCCCCGAGGCAGAGCGCCGUGGAGAGACUGGAGGCGGACAAGGCCAAAUACGUGAAGAGUCAGGUGGCUCUGUCCAAGCAGCAGCCGGUCCGGGUGCCGGCACUGAAGAAGCCGCUGCUGAAUCCCGGCACUCCGCUGCGGCCCACCAGGAAGACCCCGACCCAACCCAGCCCCAAGCCGGAGGGGGCAGAGCUGGACGUGGAGCGCCUCAGCAGCCUCAUUAGUGACCUACCCAAUGGAGCCCAGUCCCCCGCCAAGCCCCCAGCGCCGAAGGUGAAGCCGCGGCCGCCUCCACGCCCUGACCGGGCCGUUGCCACUACGCCGAGGCUAAAAGCAACCGCUCCUGCCAAGGUGGACGCUCCGGUUUGUCCCGGGGCGCCAGCUGCUGGGACGGUACGCAGAGUAGACGUCAUACCCCAGGCGGACCCGGUGCGGCUGGCCUCCAGACCGCCGCAGUACGGGCGGCAGCCGCUCCAGCCGGUUCCGCUUCAUCCCCAGCUUCCCCUGUGUCUGGCCACGUCCAGCCAGAGGCUCUUCAUCCAGAAACCGGUGCCACCGGUUGCUCCCAAACCCGAACCCUCGGCGCCGGCGUCCCCCGCCAUCACCAGGCUGUCCUCCUCCAGCUCCAGAAAGCGACCCUCUCUUACCCGGUCCAAGUCGGACAUGAGCGACCGGUUCUCCCGGGCUGGCACGGAGCUGGAGCGCUUCUUCAACCUGUGCGGCCUGGAGCCGGCCGACCUGCAGGACCUGCCGGCCUCCAGUUCGGACAUCGUGUCGCUGGCCCGCUUCCGGAGCGUCAGCGCUCCCGGGUCCGAGUGCGGUGCCUCACAGAGAGGCGGCGAGGAAGAGGAGGAGGAGGAAGAGGCCCCGAAGGGGGCGGAUCGGGUUCCGUACGGCGUAUCCGUCAUUGAGAGGAACGCCAGAGUGAUCAAGUGGCUGUACGGACUGCGGCAGGUCAAGGAGAACACGACGACGAGCACAAACUUGUAGCGCAACACGAAUCCACGACGGCGCAGCUGAGCUACGUAGACGGGAG